GACUGAAAAUUCAGCGCCCGGAGGAAAGCGGAGAGGGGGAGAAAAGUGUUUAGCAGCUAGCGGUCUUGCAUUUCCUUGCUGAAAUAUUUCAUAUAAAUCUUGUUUAAAGUUGUCGACUCACUACUCUUCCUGGAUUAGCUGUCUAGUAGGGGAUGCUGGGUGUGUCAGAAAUGACGGGCAGCAGCAAUAUGGCCAAUGCCCUGGCAAAUGCCUCAUGCGAGCGUUGUAAAAGCGGCUUUGCCCCGGCGGAGAAGAUUGUCAACAGUAACGGCGAGUUGUACCACGAGCAGUGCUUCGUGUGUGCCCAGUGCUUUCAGCAGUUUCCAGAGGGACUUUUCUACGAGUUUGAAGGCAGGAAGUAUUGCGAGCAUGAUUUCCAGAUGUUGUUUGCCCCUUGCUGUCACCAGUGUGGUGAGUUCAUCAUUGGCCGUGUAAUUAAAGCCAUGAACAACAGCUGGCACCCUGACUGCUUCUGCUGUGACAUUUGUCAGGCGGUGUUAGCCGAUGUUGGAUUUGUCAAAAAUGCCGGCCGUCAUCUGUGUCGCCCAUGCCACAACCGGGAGAAGGCACGUGGUCUUGGGAAGUACAUUUGUCAGAAGUGCCAUGCCAUUAUCGAUGAGCAGCCUCUCAUCUUCAAGAAUGACCCCUACCACCCGGAUCACUUCAACUGCAGCAACUGCGGUAAGGAGUUAACUGCUGAUGCUCGGGAGCUGAAAGGAGAGCUCUACUGUCUCCCAUGCCAUGAUAAAAUGGGAGUGCCGAUCUGCGGAGCCUGCAGAAGGCCUAUCGAAGGCCGUGUGGUCAAUGCCAUGGGCAAGCAGUGGCAUGUUGAGCAUUUCGUGUGCGCUAAGUGUGAGAAGCCCUUCCUGGGUCAUCGCCAUUAUGAAAGGAAAGGGCUGGCAUACUGCGAGACUCACUACAACCAGCUUUUUGGUGACGUCUGCUACCACUGCAACCGGGUGAUCGAAGGAGAUGUUGUGUCAGCUCUGAACAAAGCCUGGUGUGUCAACUGCUUCUCCUGUUCUACCUGCAACACCAAGCUUACUCUGAAGAAUAAGUUUGUGGAGUUUGACAUGAAGCCUGUGUGUAAGAAGUGCUAUGAGAAAUUUCCCCUGGAGCUGAAGAAGAGGCUGAAGAAGCUGGCUGAAACCGUGGCCCGCAAGUAGACUUCACACCCACAAGGGGGCUCCUGAGACUCUUAACGGAACGCAGCAUUUCUAUAGCCUUAAUCUCCUCUUCCUUUGCUACGCUAUGGUGUUAGUUAUCUCUUCAGUACUCAGUAUUACUCUUGUAUUUGGGGAAAGCCCAGCGAAUGAGGCAGACGUGUUUCGCUUAUUGAUCCGAGCACCUCUAUUAGCAUUUAUUAGAAUUCAGGAAGCAAAAAGUUUUCUGUGUCAAUAAAAAUGUCUAGAGAAUCCUUUGAUAUGAAUUCAGUAUAUGCAACACGAACCCUAUAAGCUUCACAGUAAUCAGUAUGUGAUGUAAUGUGCUGUUUACACGCUAGAAUGCCUUGAUGGAUUGAAUUGCCAUUGUUACAGGAUACACUGCUUUUACUGUAUAGCCAAAGCCUUAUGUAAUCCUAUUUUAAUAAUGAGAUAUUCUCACCAGGUAAUGGAAAAAAAAUAAAAAAUGUUGCAGACAUCUUAUAUUAAAUGAACUUAAAUAAAUGUAUAUUAUGUUCUAAAUCAAAUUCUGCCAUCAUAUAACACUAUUAUUAUUAUUAUAGUGUUAAAAUACUGUAGGUUGGUAUGGAUGUGCCUUUGGGAAAACUCUCGGCAGAUUCUAAGGUGUAAUAUCUUAUAAUGAGUCAUGGCCAACAUUUUUAUAAUUUCUGAAAAAAAUCCCAACUGUAACCCAGUUCAUGUACCAGGAUUUUGUUUAGUUGUGUCUUGUGUCCCGUAAGCAAAAGUGUGAUAUUUUUUUACAGCAAAAUUCAACGUCUUUUACAUCUUGGGACCAGCAAAAAAAUGUAUCUCCCUAAAUUUUUUUAUUAUUAUUCUUUUAUUUAAAUAUAUGCUGUCGAUACUUUCUUUCCACUUCAGUUGAUUCCUAUUCUCCAGCAUUAAGUUUUCCACGUUAUACCAAAUAAAACUACUCACAUCUGAGAAUUAUAUUCCACUAUAUUCAUCUUAUUUAUGCUACGCCAUUUCACUGUAUCUGUAAUGUGCUGUUUAAUGCUUUAAACAUGUGCAAAUAAAAUAUGCACUCGUGAUUUAC